AUGAAAGGUAAAAGCGAAAGGCAAGAAAGACCAGCAAAACGACGAAAAUCCGUAAAGGAUGAAAUUGAGUCUAAAUUGGAACAAUCGUUUUUGCAACCAAAAUUUGAAAAUUCUUAUCCUGCAUUUAUUGAAAAACUUUCGUUAAGUAUGGAUGGAUGGCUUGGUUCUGAAGAACUUCUGGAGCAAUUAAAAGUCCAACCUUUAGCUACGGUUAUGUCUUUGGAGCCGGAGAGGAUACUUAAGAUUUACAAGUUCACUACAAAAAAACUAAACUUCAGAAACAAACUCGAACCUAUCUAUCAUCUAGAUGCCAACUCUCUGUCAUCGUUAAUGACUUCACGCCUAAGUUUAUGGAGUCGUUUGUGGGAAGCAUUUCAAAAGGUAAAGUUUUUAAUUUACUUUCAAUGCUUUUUAACUUUGAACAAUGGAGAACUCAAAUUCAAUUUUGGGAUUUUUAUCUUGGAUUCAAAAAUAGCGCCCGAAGAAGCUAUUAUGGCUUCUGGUACCUCUUCUAUAUACACUUCUUUGCUGGAUCAAACAUUUGUUUCUCCAUUCCACGAAUCAGGAAAUCAUCCUCAAAUUAACACAAAGCUCUUUUACGAUAAUGCUAGAGAGCUGGCUAAAAGUUUACCUACCGUAGGUAUUCGUCGUGAUAAACGUUUGUUAUCGGACCUUCUUCCAUUUCAGAGACGCUCCGUAGAAUGGAUGAUUCAUAGAGAGAUGAAUAUUCCAAGCAACUCAUGUCCUCUACCUCCUUUAUGGCAUCAAUACCAGCUUCCUCAUGAUGACAGGAAAGUUUUUAUCAAUCGAGCCUAUGGUUAUGUGACCUUAUCUGAGGAAAAUGCUUUUCAACUUGCUCCUGCAUUGCUAAAAGGUGGUGUUCUUGCAGAUGAAAUGGGUAUGGGAAAAACAUUAGAAAUUUUGUCUCUUAUACUAUUUCAUCAACCCUCCAUGGACCAGCUUCUUAAUACACAGUACGACCCAAUUUUGAAUAAGGACUUGGUUUUAUCGAAAGCAACACUCAUUAUCACGCCAUCAACGAUUAUUGAUCAAUGGAUUUCCGAAGUUGAAUUGCAUGUACCUUCUUUGAAAAUAUUCCAUUAUAAAGGCAUACGAAAAUCUGGGUCGGUUACUUCAGAACAAUUCUUAAAUGCUGAUAUAGUCAUAACAUCUUAUUCUGAUUUGCGUUUUGAAUUACUAUAUGCUGAAUCCUUUUCCAGGAACCUUCGCCAUGACAAACGACAUGUUCCUCCCAAGUCUCCUCUUAUUGAUAUCUGCUGGUGGAGAAUAUGCGUGGAUGAAGCUCAAAUGGUAGAAACCUCGCAGAGUAAUGUCGCUCAAAUGAUUUAUAGAAUUCCAAGAGUAAAUUGUUGGGCAGUAAGCGGCACACCCGUCCGAAGCGAUGUUGAUGAUCUUUUUGGGCUGCUUUUCCUUUUUCGGUAUUCGCCUAUAUAUCAACAUCGAAAACAAACAUGGCUUCAAAUUAUUGAACUAAAUCGGAUUCAUGAAUUUUGUAGCAUAUUCUCCUCAUUAACUUGUAGGAACUGCAAACAAGAUAUUGCUCACGAACUUCGGCUACCUCCGCAACAUCGCAUGUAUAUGCCAACAAGACUUACUGUUGUCGAAGAAACUAAUUACCAAGACCUUCUUAGCGAAGCAGCAAAAUCACUAAAACAUCUGGAUGAUCAUGAUUUUGACUUAUCACAAUUAGACAGUAUGAAACGUUGGCUUAUUCGCUUAAGGCAAUCUUGCUGUCAUCCUCAAGUUGGUUCCGGUAAUAAAUCUGCAUUUGGUGGUGGUCCUAUGAAAAGCAUCAAUGAUGUUUUAGUGUUUAUGUUGGAACAGACUAAUUCAUCGCUCUCGUCGAUGAAAAGACAAUUCUUUUCUGAUGUGGUAAUUACAGGCUGGGUUUUUGACCAUCUUAAAGAUUACAAGAAGGCGUUAACCAUUUGGACCGAAAUUUUUCCAACUGUGGAAGCAGUAGUUGCAGGUUUAGAAGGUGCUAUCAAUCGAACGGAAAUUGGUCCAAAAGAAAGCGGUGAAGAGGAGUUAAAUUUGUCAUAUGCUGGUCUAAACUAUCCUGGUAAUUUACGAGCAUGGCAGAUUUUGCUCCACAAAAUCUACUUUUUUAUUGCAAGCACUAACUUUGCUUUAAAAAACGAGGAGUCAGAGAAGAAGUACUAUAGUCUCGCUCAAGAUUUACGAAGAAAGAUGAUGAGUGAUAUUAUUGUGAAAACAAACAAACACAUCGACGAAUUCAGCAAGCAAUUUAACCGGAACAAUUUUGUUGAUUUACCAAAGCUGCCAAAGCCAAUCUCAAAAGGAACUAUAUUGAGUUACAUAGCAGUUGAGGACUAUGAACAGCUACGUGAACAGUUGAAUUUACAAGCAGAGUCUUUAGUGAAUUUUCGGGAGCGUCUGAUUUAUUUGAUGAAGCUUCCUUUAUUGGAUCAAGAGUCCGAUCCAACUGGUGAUGAAUAUGAAGAGUCUUUGAAUGCCCAGUCGGAAAUUUCGUUUUGUAUUGAUGUGUACCGUCAAAUGAUUUCUGAUCGGGUUGCUGCAAUAGACGGAACAAUGAAUACAUUUGUAUCACAUGAAACGGAAUUACAAAAAAUUAAAGUUUUGGAAAACAUAGAAAAUGCUGAAGCGCUAGGCGAAAAAGAAACAGAAGAGCGCAAUAAGAAGUACAUGCUUUUUUUUGAAGAAAGGGAAGAAGCUCGUCCAAAAAGUGAUGAAUUUGGCUCUGUACAAAACAUCUUAGCAAGACUGGCUGAUGCGUUGGGCAGAUCAAGCACAUCUUCUGAAUACACGAUUGCACAGAGAUUGUUUGAACAAGUUAAUGAAGUUACGAAAGCUCAAUCCAAAACGUGCCGAAAACUCGAAAAAGAGCUAAGUUUGAUACAGCUCACUUAUAAUAUGAGAAUUGACUAUUAUAAACAUUUGCAAGAAAUUUCAGAUUCUCUGAUACCACCAGCAGCUCCUAAAAUAAGUCAAUCACAGGCUUCUAAUAUAGAAAUAGAGCAGACCAAUUUAUUUGAGUCUACUUUACGGGUUGCUAAAGAAGCUUGUGUUAAGACGCUGCAAGAGGAGACCCAAGAUUCAAAAACAGAACAUGAGAAUGUUGAUGACAUGCUUCUUAAAAUUGACAUUCCUGCUCAUUUGGCUUUGUUGAAUGAAUUAAGUAGGGAGAAGCAAAACUAUUUGAGGAGGAUCGGACAUUUCGAGUCUAGGCAUCGAUAUCUUUCUAAUUUGUAUGAACAUGUUGUCCGCCGUGCUGGCUCGAAGCAGCAAUGCAUUAUUUGUCGAGACGUUAUUAAAAAAGGUUUCAUCACAACAUGUGGGCAUUUCUAUUGUCGAGAUUGCCUAGUUGCUUGGAUGAAACACCAUCCAUCUUGCCCCAUGUGCAAAUCCAAAUUGACCAAAAACAGUACGUUUUACAUUGGUGAAAGUUUCGACAUACGUGCACGGCAAGAGUUCGUUUUAGGAUUCCCUACUACAGAAAAGGAUUUGGAAAUGAUGGAUGAAGAGACUUUUAAGCGUAUCGUAUCUGUUACAUUGAAAGUUUCGUUUGGAUCAAAAAUAGAUGCAAUCGUUAGACAUUUAGUUUAUUUGAAGCAAAUUGAGCUAUAUCCAAAAGUAGUGGUAUUUUCCCAAUGGUUGGACGUGUUGGAGGUACUACACAAGUCGUUUGAGGCAAAUGGUGUUUCUUACUUAAGAUUUGAUGGCAAAGCUAAAAAUAAUUGCUUGAAGAAUUUUAAGGCUGAUCGAGAUAUAGAAGUUUUGACGUUGCAUUCCAGAUCGCAAUCGGCCGGUUUAACACUUACUAAUGCUACUCAUGUAAUAAUGUGCGAACCGCUCUUAAAUAGUGGAAUUGAACUACAAGCUAUAUCCAGAGUACAUAGAAUUGGUCAAACACGGCCUACUUACGUGUACUAUUAUAUUGUCGAAGACACCGUGGAAGAUCACAUUUUGAGCAUGUCUAUACAAAAGCAUAAGCAGCUUGGGACACUGGAUUUAGACGUUCCUUUGAUCGGUAGUAUACAAAGGAGUACAGAUCCUUCUUUUGGUGGAGAAGUGGUCGAUGAUUCAGAGAUUCGCGAAUGUCUGAAAACCGCUUUGAAAAGGCUAAAUUUGGAAGGUGAAGGGUAA